CAACGAGUCCUCCCCAGCUGUCAGUGGAGUCCCGGGCGCUGCUGGAGCAAUGCGACUCCUCUGGACGGUCGGAUGCUUCGAUCGCCUGAUUGCCCGCCAUUUCUCCUCGGUGGCUCGGCGCGGAGAGUGGCCUGGCGGGGAGGAGCUGAGUCGCUUGGUUCUGGAUGACCUGGCGCCGGCCCAGCGGCUGGAACGUCUAUUUGGCCUGUCCCCAUGCCUCCUGGCCUUGAGGGCCGCCCGCCGGCGCGUGGCCCGGCUCCUGCUCCAGGCCGGUAAGGCUGGGCUGCAGGGGGAGCGGGCCGAGCUGCUCCGGGUAGCCGAGGCUCGGGGGAUCCCUGUCUUGAGGCCCAGGCGUCAGAAACUGGAUGCCUUGUGCGACUACCAGGUGCACCAGGGCGUCUGCAUGGAGGUGAGCCCGCUGCGACCCCGGCCUUGCGAUGAGGUGGCAGACACGAGCUCAGGCGACGACCCUCAGCAGCUGUGGCUCGUCCUUGAGGGGCUCCAGGAUCCCCGCAAUCUUGGAGCUGUGAUGCGCUCCGCUCACUUCCUCGGAGUAGACAGGGUCAUCACCAGCCGGAGAAACAGCUGUCCGCUUACUCCAGUAGUCAGCAAGGCCAGCGCUGGGGCUAUGGAGGUGAUGGACGUGUUCGCCACUCCUGACCUGCCCGGUUUUUUGCAGGCCAAGGCCCAGCAGGGAUGGCUCGUGGUGGGCACAGUGGGCUGCCCAGGUCCUGAGAUCUCCCAGUCCUCUAAGGUCCCCAUCAUUAGCUGCUUAGAGUUCGUCUGGGACCGACCUACUCUCCUGGUGCUGGGCAAUGAGGGCUCUGGUCUGUCCCAGGAGGUUUUUGCCUCCUGCCAGCUGCUCCUUACCAUUCUGCCCAGACGACACCUGCCUCCCGGUCUUGAGUCCUUGAAUGUGUCUGUGGCUACAGGAAUUCUUCUACACUCCAUUUGCAGCCAGAAGAAAGAUUUCCCUGUACAGUAGAAAGGACAGCUUCAAGACUCCUGAGAACCCUUAGCUACAUCUGAAGGACUCAGAGAAGCCCAGUACCCAGGACUACCAUUGUGGUCAGAAAAGCAGGCCAAAUGUGGGCUGACAUAGACUGUCUGAGAUGCUCAUGUGUAGGAAUCAGAAUGAGUCACACAACCACCAAUCCUCAGGCUUGGAUGUAAUGGGCCCUCUCUGUGGAGACCAAAAGCUUUAUAUCCAGUUGGAAAUGGUAGUUUGCUAAUUUCCAGGACGGGUUAGGACAGUCAGUAUCUGUCCUGGAUCCCAGUAGAAGUCAGGGGGCUGUCGUGGCAUGUGGAGGAGCCAGGCAGUCAGUGCAGGGUGUGUGGAAUGUGAGGGUGAGAUUGCAGAGGGAAGCUGAGUGCACAGGUACAUAUCUCAGGGUGAUGCAGAUGAGACCCUAGAUCACAUCCAGCGAGCCCUUAGCAGCUGAGCGGUCAUGCCCAGUCUCUCCAUUAGGUGGCAGUCUUGCUCUUUGUACCGAGGUUUUGCAGCCCCUUUGCAGGGAAACCCCAUCUCGAGGGGAGGGGUAGAAUUAGAGAUACGGAAAAUAGCCAAUGGCUUCCAGACACUGGCCAGUCCAGCCCAGUGGAGGGAACAUAUGACUCCAGGCCCUUGUUGCCUUUGAGUCUGAGAGGCUGUGAAGUCAGGGUCGCUUGUGCAACCCCACUAGGCUUGGUCCCCUCCUCCAGGGUCCCACAGGUGGAGCAGACGUGGUUUUGCCGAGCAGUGGUCUCACUCUGGGCUGCAUGUUGGCACACCUAAUAAGCUUUAAAGAAGCAAGGCGGACACAGCAGCUCCUGUGUGCUGCCAGGGAUUAAUGUUCUGUGUGCUUGUGGAAUCCUAACACUUGCUAUUUAGCUGAGGGUUACCUUGAACUUUUGACCCUCUUGCCCCACUAUGCCCAAUUUAUACGUCGCUGGGGAUAGAUCCCAGAGCUUAGUGCAAGCUGGACGUUCACUCUACCAAGCAAGCUACAUCUGAGUCCUCGGCUGGAUAAUUCUUUGCUGUAGGAACCGUCCUGAGCAUCGUGACAGCUAUGCCACUAGAUAGCAGGAAGUCUGCACCCCGUCUCUCAUUAUGAAACCAAAACUGUCUCCGCACGUGACCGCAUCAUCUCUGACCGCCAGCCCUGAGUGUGGGAUGGGAGGACAGCAGCCGUUGAAUUGUAAUCCGAGAUGCUGUGAGAGUUGGGAUGAGUUGACUCCACGCCGUCUUUACAUCCUCGGAAGAUGUAUAUAGUAGGUGCUCAAUAAAUAAAUGAACACCCCCCCUCCCUCUGUAAUCUCCCUGGAGUUGAUCUGUAGGAGCCGAAGAGCUAUGUCCACUUACUACAAAAUCUGAAUCUGUUUACAAAGGACCUGUAGUAGUAACUUGUCUUGUUGCUGUUUGAGAAAAACCUGUUAAAAACAUCUAAAGGAAGGGUUUGAGUUUGAAGAAAUACUGUCAAUUCCUCAUAACAGGGAAGACAUAGCAGUAGGAUGGGUGUGAGGCAGUGCACCCCAUCAUGGCAGGAAGUGGGGUGAAGGAUGCUGGUGCUCAGCUCACUUUCCCCCUCUUCGUUUAGUUCAGGACUCCAGCCACGGCACGGUGCUCCCCACACUCAGGGAGAGUCUUCCCUUAGUCUUCCCUGGAGCACCCUCACAGCCAUGCUCCCAGGUGUAUCUCCCCAGUGAUUCCAAACCCAGGCAAAGAAUGAAGAUGAACCGACACAGGGCCCACGAUUGCCUUAAAGCUUUCCUCCCAAAAAAGACAGUGAACCUUUUUGUCAGCACCCUUCCCUGCCAGCCUCAGAUGCUCCAAGGUCUGCUGAGCUCGAGCCCAACAGUGUGCUGCCUCUCUCCAGAGCCUAGGACGGGAUUUGGAUGGUUUUGUUUUUGUUUUGUAUUUUGUAUUGUUUUGUCAUUUUUAUUAACUCAAAUAGAGAUUUUUAACAUUGCAUGUGCCUUGGAGCCAUGGGGCAGAGAAGAGAGUAGCUGUUAGUGCCCAGAGAUACCAGAUCAAUUAAAUAACAGUCUCCUGGGGCUGUAGGGGUGGCUCAAUGGUUAGAGCAGCGGCUGCUCUUCAGAGGUCUUGAGUUCAUUUCCCAGCAACCACAUGGUGGCCCACAACCAUCUGAAAUAAACCUUUAAAUAUAAAUAAAUAAAUGUCUCCAGGGAAGGAGCCCAGUGUCA